AUAAAUAUCACCUUUUUGCUUGUACUACAACAUUGCAGCGGUGACAACACACUAGUACUUGGUAAAAGAGCCGUUAAAGACAAUCCAAGAUGAAGAUCUUAGUUAUUCUUGCGUCCGUUUUGUGCGUGGUCUUCGCCACAUAUCCGAUGCAUUACGGCGGCGGUGGAUAUAGAUUUGGAGCGAUCGGUGGUCCAUAUGGUGGUGUAAUUGCUGGAGGCUCAUUCGGUGGCUAUGGUCCAUAUGGAGGAUACGGCGGAGGACGUGGUUUCUAUGCUGGUUAUCCUGGUUACGGUGGUAUUUAUGGUGGUGGAAUGUAUGGUGGAUAUGGUGGUGGAUAUGGUGGAUACGGUGGCGGAUAUGGUGGAUACGGUGGCGGAUAUGGUGGAUACGGUGGUGGAUAUGGAGGUUAUGGCGGUGGAUAUGGCGGAUAUGGAGGUUAUGGCGGUGGAUAUGGUGGCGGAUAUCGUGGUUACGGCAAGAAGGGGGGCUACUAGAUGCGUUUUAUUGCAAGAGUUAUGGAUUCAUUACAACAAUGCAUGUACCAAAUUUCUUCACCGGAUGCUUGACCACGUGCUUCUCAACCAGAUCUAUUUAUAUUAAACUCAUUAAAUAAAUUAAUAAAACA